AUGUCUCCACUAUCCAGCUCUUCUAAGCGACCAGUCUUACAUUUGCUUAAACGCUUAACUCAAGCAAGUGUGCUUUUCACAGGUACUUACAUUGGUGCCAUUUGGAUUGCUUCAAAUCACCCACAAUAUGAAAAAUAUGUUCCUUAUGGAAGUACAGUCAUUGAUUUCCUUGAAGAACGUGAAUUCCAAGGACAACUCUCAGAACGAGUGCGUAAACUUAAAGAAGAAGACCUUAACCAUAGUUACUACUACCGCAAAAUUGACCCAUCCCAGCAUUCAGACCUUUUCCCUUUAAAGUCAUCAUCCUCUUCAACAUCAACAUCAACAUCAACAUCAUCAUCAUCAUCAUCAUCAUCAUCAUCAUCACCUGCAUCUUCUUCAACUGUAUCUAAAAAAUCUUCUCAAACUUCUUCAGGUACAAUCUCUUCUGCCUUGGCCACUUCUACAUCGAGCGUUUCUUCCUUAACCAGCAGGCUGGACCAGGAAAUUUCCCCCGAAGACAGAGACAAGGAAGACAUGCGUAAAAGACAAAGCAGCGCUACUUCAGCUCUUACAACAAAAGAUCCCCUUGCACCUUCACGAUUCUUUGAUGCCGUCUCUGGAACUGUUGGCAAAGACCGUGACUACCUCCCAUUGGUAUUGCUACCCGACGAUCGUGAUGAGGAAAUUAACCGUGCAGCAAUGUCUCUCAAUGACUUGAUUUCUAGUAUUAAUGCCUCUGUCGUCACUGAAGAUACUGUUCUUAACGUUACACGCACUCUUGAAGAGCUAGCUCGUGCUAAGGCCCAAUUCAAGCCCCGCUAUGCAGAUGCCCUACUGGUCAAGUCUCAAAGCUUUGACCAGCUUUACGAAUCCUAUAAGCUCUUGUGGGAUGAAUAUUUGGACGCUUCAACUACCGCUGUUUCUUCUUCAGGGAAACCUGCAAACCAUGUUGUUUCUGAAUACUCUAAGCGUCUAGCCAGAGAGGUCACAGAUACUGAGAUGCUACUUGUAAAGUUGUGCAACUCAACAAAGGACAUGGAACUGACUGAAGAAGAAAAGCUUAAGCAACACCAAAUUGAUAGAUAUUAUCAUCACCACCAUCACCUUAAGCCAAAGACUGAAGAUUUUUCAGUUUCUUCUGCUAUUGCCGCUGCCUCUGCUUCUACAGCUUCCGCUACAGCUGUAUCUUCUUCAUCAGCCAUUUCUACAGCUUCUUCCUCAACUACCCUUGCUACACCUUCAACAAAUGUUUCUACUGUUGCUCCCCUUGCUUCUUCUUCUUCUUCUUCUUCUUCUGAAAAGACAAACUCUAAUACUUCUUCUUCAUCAUCAUCUACCACACAAAAGGCCAAACUUGAUCCUAGUUACUAUGGUGCCAUUGAACCUUCAGACAUUUCUCUCAAAUUAGAGCUUGCGCUCACGUUGCUGGUCAACGCUCUGCAGCAACACUCGAGCGUUCCCCUGGGACCAUACAUCCAAGGAGUUCGUGAAGCCGUGGACUCUGGAUACUCAUACAAGACGUAUCAACAGAAGCAACCUGCGCCAUCACAGGAUCGCAAGACAUUGAUUAGUGAGGCUCUUAAGGCUAUCAAGGUUCCCUCUGAUGUAGACCUUAAGCCAGUACUUGAUGAUAUAAUAUCGAGCUAUGAAGAUGAGCACAAGCACAAAUGA